AUGGGCGGUCUGCGAGGAGGAAGUAACCUUGCCUCCUGGGUUGUCGCCGGAACCCUAGCUUACUUCCUUUGGAUUAAACCCUCCCAAGACCUCAAACGUGAACAACAGGAAAAAGCUGCUCUUGCUUCCGCUGAUUCCUAUCGAUAUGUCGAGACUCGAAAACCUGUUCCUGAUCCUCAAGUUACAGCUUAUAGCUUGAUUCAAAAUGGAAACAAACUGCAGCGAGACUUAUACUAUUUUUGGAUGCAUGGCCAGUUUCAACUUGCUGUGGCUCUCCCAUAG